ACAGAUAAACUAAUCUUGACUACCCAGAUACUCUUAUCUCUUCACACAGAAACACGGAACCAACCCAGAGAAAAAAUGAUCAUAGUGAACAAAAUCCCGAUUUUACAGUUCUCAGAGAACUAAAUAGAUUUCACAGUUGAUGCUUCUCGAACUCGAACGCUUUACUUCUACUGCAAAAAAAAAACCUAGAAGAAAAUGGCUCUCCAAUCCACCAUUUCAUCUCCUCUGCAACACUCACCACUUGUGUCUCACAGUUCCAUCGUCGUUCGAACCAUUAGAAGCCCUAAAAAAAAUCAUAUUUUAUGCUCAAUCUCCGAUUUCCCAGCUGCAAAUCACGAGCCAAGAAGACCCAUAAAGCUCUCUCUUCAGAUAUUUGGAAGGGAAGUGGCAACAGGGAUGCCUUUGACCUCAACAAAACUCGAGGAACUCUCGUGGAGCCCUUUGAUUAAUGAAGAUAGUGUAGAUGUGAAAAGGCCAUUAAUUUGUAUAUCUGCUUUCUCAUGUGGAGCAAUCUCAUUAUUUACAUCUGCACAAGUGGCACAAGCAAGUGUUGAUGUCAAAAUAAAUGAGGUUUAUGAGAUUGGGGAGUUAUUUGAAUUGGGAAUCCAGCUCUCCUACCUUCUUUUACUGUUAGGCUUGCUCGGGGUUGGAAGCUUCUUCGUGAUUCGUCAAGUCCUUGUCCGUAGAGAACUUGACCUCUCCGCAAAAGAAUUGCAAGAGCAGGUAAGAAGUGGUGAUGCUACUGCCACUGGGUUGUUUGAACUUGGAGCAGUGAUGUUGAGGAGAAAAUUUUAUCCAGCUGCUACUAAGUUCUUGCUUCAGGCGAUUGAGAAAUGGGAUGGAGAUGAUCAGGAUCUUGCUCAAGUUUACAAUGCCCUUGGUGUCAGUUAUGUCCGUGACGGGAAGCUUGAAAAGGGAAUACUUCAGUUUGAGAAUGCUGUGAAGCUUCAACCAGGCUAUGUCACAGCCUGGAACAACCUCGGUGAUGCCUACGAUAAGAAGAAAGACAUCAAGUCUGCUCUCAAGGCAUUUGAAGAAGUCCUGCUUUUUGAUCCAAACAACAAGGUGGCACGACCUCGUCGAGAUGCUUUAAAGGACAAAGUACAGAUGUACAAAGGAGUUCCCACUCUAAAAUCGAAGCAGAGAUAAUUUGUGCAGCAUGCUGAAUUUUGACACUUUCUUCAUAUUCCAUUCUGCUUUAACCAUGACUUUAUUAGAUCUUACACAUAUCAAGAACUCCAGGUGACUCGAGACGGGAUUUGAAUGGUAAACAAAUGACUAAAUGUUCGUGAGUUUGAUUGUAUUGUGGGUGUAAAGGAAAUUUUUUUUAUCAUCUUGUUUAAUAGAACAUCAAAAAGGGGCUUAUGUUUAUUUCA